AUGGCUGCCGAGGUAAAGACAGAAUCUUUUUGUGGACGUAUUUUAUGUGUCGGUCUUGCCGCUCUUGAUAUUGUGAACACGUGUGAACGGUAUCCAAAUGAGGAUGAAGACGUCAGGGCAAUAUCACAAAUAUGGCAAACUGGUGGUAACGCAUGUAACACCUCAACUGUGCUGGGAGAACUGGGAAUUGAUUGCGAACUGUUUGGGACCAUGUCGUGUGGACCACAGGCUGAUUUUCUUUGUAAACAGAUCAGAGAGCGAAAAAUACGCUAUGAAAACUGCGUUUUCCACAAAAAUUGUGGAACGCCAACAUCUUCUGUCGUGUUGAGCCUGAACAGUGGUAGUAGAACCAUUGUGCACUCCAGAAACAAUCUCCCGGAACUUGAAGUUGCAGAUUUUGUGAAACUUAACUUGACAAACUACAGGUGGAUUCACUUCGAAGGAAGGAAAAACGAGGAAGCUAUUGUGCAAAUGAUUGAUAAGAUCGAGGAAUUUAAUGCGACUCAGUCAUGCAACGAAAAGAUUUCUGUAUCUUUGGAAUUGGAGAAACCUAGAGAAUCUCAUCUUCUUUUACUUAACAAAGCCGAUGUAGUAUUCAUAAGCAAAGAGUUUGCUCGAUUUCGCGGUUUCACUUCGUCUGCUGAAGCAGUCAAAUCCAUUUACAACAAAGUCAAAUCUGGUGCCGUGUUGAUUUGUGCAUGGGGAGAGGGAGGUGCGGAUGGAAUUGGUCCUGAUGGUGAAAUAAAACACAGUAAUGCCUACCCCCCAAAAGUAAUAAUUGAUACUCUGGGAGCAGGGGACACAUUCAAUGCUGGAGUCAUUUGUGGUUUGCAUGGAGGAUUGACUCUUCAAGACACAUUAGAUUUCGCUUGUUUCCUGGCAGGUGUUAAAUGUGGUAUCCAAGGAUACGAUGGCUUGGCUAAAGUUGUGGCGAGCCAUCAUUGUUGGGAGACUUACAUGAAGGGAUUAGUGAGCAAUAACCUAAGGUAA